AUGCUCGAAGGAGAGGCUGAGUACUGGUGGCAGGGGAUACAACAACUGCUGCAACAGAAUGAAGGUGACAUUCCUUGGGAUUCCUUUAGAGAAGAAUUUUAUAAGAAGUAUUUUCCGAGAGCAGCACGUGAUGCCAAAGAGAUGGAGCUUAUUCUGUUGAAGCAAGGGGAUAUGACUAUUGCUGAGUAUGCCCGUAAGUUCACUGACUUGUGCUGUUUCUCUAAGAUUUGUCAAGGGAACCUAGCAGACUUUGAGGAAUGGAAGUGUUUGAAGUUUGAAGGAGGACUCCGAGAAGAACUGAUAAAUUUUGUUGUUCUGCUAGAGAUAAGAAAUUUUGCUGAACUGGUGAAUAAAAAUAAACUAGUGGAAGAAUGUUCGAAGAAGGUGGCAAUAGCUCGAGCGAAUCGUAAGGAAGCCUCAAGAAGAGACUUUAUUCAUGAUCUAGCCCCUGAAGGUCGUAACUUUAAGGCAAAUGAUCAGUUCUAG